UAUAAGUUAUUCUGAUGAUUGUGUGAGAAAAUAAGUUGAAUACAACUUAUGAACAUGUCAAUAACAAUUUUUAUAAGCUCUAUUGAAUGGUUUCACAAUGUAAGACCAAGAGUAGUUGUAUCAAGUGCUUCUUAAACCUUUGACAGUAAUUUCAAAUAUAAGAUUAAGACAAGAAUCUCAACUACCUCCUUUGUUUGCAGUUUUAAACAAAAAUCAAUCCUUAGACCAUGAUACAAUAAAAAAUUGAAGAUUUUUAUCAACACCAUCUUUUACUUUUUAAACACAUUAUAUUUUAUAAUAUAUUUUUUAACUAAAUAAAUUUAUACGCCAAAGAAUGAAAGUGAAACAAGGAUUAAAAAUUAGCAAGUGGUGUUCUAUUUCUGAGGAAAGAACUGGAUCUGGUGGAGUUGACACAAACAUUGUCUGUCCUGUCUCUGUGUCUGUGACUGUGUGUGCUUCAGUUGAGAUGGGUGGUUCAUGGAGUAACGGUAAUAACAGGAACACAAGAAGAAGAAACAGUUACCAUGAACACUAUCCACCACCACCUCCUCCAGCAUACUAUUAUCAUUACUCUUCUCAGCCUCUCAUGCCACAACCACCUCAAGGUUACUUUCCUCCUCCUCCUCUUCCUCAUCAGUACUACUCAAAUGGAUACACUCCUCCACUUCAUAAUCAUCACCCUCCUUUUCAUGCAACAACAAAUACUCAACCAUCUGAUGUAGAUUUAAAUUUAAAUGUUGUUCAACCUCUACCACUUCCACCACCACCUUCUUAUGUUGACCAUGAAACCACUAAGAAAGUAAGGAAUGAUGUCAACUUGCAUAAAAACACUCUCCAGCUCCAUCUUGAUCCCAACAAUCCCCAUCACCACUUGAUUUCCUUCGAUUUCGAUGCCCUUUUCGAUGGCAGAAUUACGAUCUUCUACUUAGCCAAAGAAGAAGAACAUAAAUGUAGGUUUGUUCCUCUAUUUCCCGAAGCAUUUGAGCCGAUCACGUUUCCAUUCGAGAAAGGAGUUGGCCAGAAAUUUUGUCAGCCUUCAGGAACAGGCAUUGAUUUAGGUUUCUUUGAGUUGGAUGAUCUUUCAAACCCUUCACCUGAAGAAGAUGUAUUUCCCCUUGUAAUAUGUGCCGAAACAACCCCUUUGGAAGAUCAUGAAACUCCUGCUAGUUCCUUACUAGAUGCAUCCCCUCACAUGCAAAUAACUCAAGCUGUCUUGGAGAAAAUCGAUGGUAAUGCUCCUUUCCAGGUUAAAGUUAUUAGGCAGAUUCUAUGGAUCGAUCAAGUUCGUUAUGAGCUCAGAGAGUUAUAUGGAAUUGGUAACUCAACAGCACCUGAUUUUGAUCGUAAUGAUCCUGGAAAGGAGUGUGUAAUAUGCAUGACUGAACCCAAGGAUACUGCUGUCUUACCUUGCCGACACAUGUGUAUGUGCAGUGAGUGUGCAAAAGCUUUGCUGUUACAAUCAGAUAAAUGCCCUAUAUGCCGCCAAGCUAUCGAGGAGCUUAUAGAGAUCAAGAUAAACAAUGGCGACGACCAAUGACAUCUUUUUCCCUGAAGCCAGGCUGAAUUAAGUACAUGGUUUUAUUUUUAUGUUUUAUUCACUUUAUGUAAAUUGCAGUCAAUAAUCUGUUUAUAGUUCAUAUGUACUGUAAUUGUAAUCAAUAGAAAAUUAGAUUCUAUGUGGUUAUCCUGUUAUUGAAUGUUACUCCUGCUCAUUUAAAUUGUAUAGGUGAUUAUUUUGUUUUGUUUUGGUCUGUGUGUGAUAUUUAAGAGAGGAUCAUUAUUCAUUUGUAUUGUGUAGAUCUGAUUUGAUCACUGGAUGACCUCUUUGUAUGUAUCUUGAGGGUGAAGGUUCCUCUACUGUAUUGUGUUCGAAAGUUAUCAUAACUUUAAUUUAAUCAUA